AUGCCCAUCCGAAGAGGGCUAUCAGCGCCGCAAAACAACUUUAUCGAAACCAUCAUUAAACGAUUUGAUGGUCCCGGUCGAAAUUUUGUCUUGGCCAAUGCGGUCCUGGAAGAAUUACCCAUUAUAUAUUGUAAUGAUGGAAUUUGUAAGUUAUAUGGUUACUCUCGAGCCACGCUAAUGCAAACCAGCAGCGAUUGCAAGUUUUUCAAAGGAGAACGAACAAGUCCAGAAGCAUUAGAGACCAUUUACCGUUUCCUCCAUGAACCUAAUGAGCAGCAAAUAGAUGUUGUCUUGUAUAAAUAUGACGGUAAGCCGCAAAUUUAA